AUGGAUGAUGAUGAUGAUGAUGAUGAUGAUGAUGAUGAUGAUGAUGAUGAUGAUGAUGAUGAUGAUGAUGAUGAUGAUGAUGAUGAUGAAAAAAAAACAACAACAUCAUCUACUACUACUACUACUACUACUACUACUACUACUACUACUACUACUACUACUACUACUACUACUACUACUACUACUAACACAUUACUAAUUUAA